GGCGGUUACAGCCCAACACAACAAUUUUCAUUUCGUUCCCCUUUCCUCUCUCAAAAGUCUCAAUUAAUUCAACCGGCAACAGUGGCAGAGCCCUCACGCUUCGAUCCAUCAAUGCCCUGCUCCCAAUUCGCUAAAAGAGAGCGGUUUUGUUAGUGAACCCCUUUCCUUCGAUCGGUCGAUCGACGUCAAUGGCGAAUUCUACCGAGGGUUUGGUGCCGAUCACUAGGGCUUUCUUGGCUCGCUACUACGAUAAGUACCCCCUCGAUCCUAUUUCUGAUGACGUUGCUCGACUCACCGGCGAAUUGCGAGGGAUCGCGGGUGAUCUCGUGAAGGAAUCUCCUCUUUUGGCCGGUGAUUCUCUAUUGAUAACUCUUUCGAUCGAUUUCUUUGUGAUUUUGGAUUGUUUGUAGAUAGGUUAAUGCCGCAAAUGAGAAAAGGAGCUAGUUUGCACGCCAAAAGGUGAGGAGUCAUUGGCCCAAGAAGCAGAUCUUCAACCUCCUCAUAAAAUGGAUGAAAAUAUGUGGAGGAAUAGGGAGCACAUUGAAGAGAUUCUGUUUUUGCUUGAAAAAUCUCACUGGCCUAGAACGCUUCAACAGAAAGCCACACCUGAAGAUGCUAGCACUGCAGCUGUUCUUGAAGAUCUUGAAGCCAUAUUGCGACAAACUUUAAAUACAUUGGAGCAGUUCCAGUUAAAAAAUGCAGACAAUGUAUUUAACACAGUUAUGACCUACAUGCCACAAGAUUUUCGGGGCUCUCUAAUCAGACAGCAGAAAGAGCGCUCAGAGAGGAACAGGAAAGCCGAAGUUGAUGCUUUGAUUAAAUCUGGAGCAACGAUACAUGACCGGUAUGCUUUGCUGUGGAAGCAGCAAAUGGAAAGACGGAGACAACUAGCUCAACUUGGUUCUGCAGCAGGUGUCUUCAAGACACUCGUUAAGUACUUGGUUGGCGUACCUCAGGUAUUGUUAGAUUUUAUUAAGCAAAUAAAUGAUGAUGAAGGGCCCAUGGAAGAACAACGUAGUCGCUAUGGACCAUCCUUAUAUAGCCUUACAAAAAUGGUGGUAUUGAUCCAUCUGGUCCUAUUACUUUCAUGGAGUCGUUUUGACGGAAGAAAAUUACCGAAGAAUCAAUUGUCUGUUAUACAGCAGGCUGUUCAGGUGUAUACUUCUGAGUUUGAGAAAUUCCUCAAGUUUAUUAGUGAGGUGUUUGCAAAUUCUCCUUUCUUAAUAUCAGCAGAGGAAGCUGGUGCUGUUGAAUCUAGAAAAAAUGAUGAAUAUAAAGAGAUUGUCAUUCUACCUGGAAAGACACACGAGGUCAACUUGACCGUGGAUUCUGUGAACUCGUACAUUGCUUGGGACUUUUCUCUGAUACAAGGGACUCUAAGUCAGGAUAUUGGCUUCCGUGUGGAGUAUGUCAGCACAUCUGGAGAAGUUACUAUGAUUUUACCUUACCGACGGUAUGAGUCUGAUCAAGGAAAUUUCUGCACAAUCUUGGCUGGAUCUUACAAACUGGUAUGGGACAAUUCCUAUUCUACAUUUUUCAAGAAGAGCUUAAGGUACAAGGUGGACGCUAUUCCCCCUGUGUCUGAAACAACCGAGCCUGUUGCUGAAUCAGAAUGACGAUCAUUAUUGAUUCUUUAGGUAUAUUAUUCUCUGAAUUCGCUCUUUAGAGUGCAAUUCUUAUGUACUAUUGCUUCAUCUUCUUGGAUCAACAUGGAUUUUUUUUUGUUGAUCUCAAUCUUGGGGUUCAGUUAUUGACGCAGCUCUGGAAUUUGUAUACGCAUGAUUUAUGUACAAGUCACCAAUGAGGUGAAUAUAAGUUAAAAGACAUUUUCUGUCUUAAGAUAUUUUAGUAUAUAUAGGAUUCUUUAUGGUUAUGAAGAAACUCGAAAGAAAAUUGUGUCCUCCCACACAAUAGAUACUCGUGCUUUGUUUUACUACUGUUUCAUGAUUGUGGCUAAAAUUUUAAUUA